GACAUUUCUAGUUGUCAUUUUCCAUAUUUUCAUUUUGGUCUCUGGGGUUAUUUAUUUUUACUGUUUUCUCAUGUUUAUUUAUGUUUACUUCAUUUGUGUUGAGAUAGGUAUAGCUAUCUAUUUUUUAAAAGACCGUGUGUUACUCUUACAAUAAGUGUUAAAUACAGACGAAUAGGUAUUAGGUAGGGUUUUGAAAAUAAAGCAUGAAUAAAGAAAGUGUUAUUAAUUACAAGAAAGCUUCAGAAUAUUGGGCUGAGAUACCAGCUACACUGGACGGAGUACUUGGAGGUUUUGGUUUCAUAUCAGAUAUUGAUAUUGAUGGCUCAACAUUGUUCCUGCAGUCAAUAUUAUCUUCAAAGAAUGCUCCAGCCACUAGAUCUGCUCUUGAUUGUGGCGCCGGCAUUGGCAGAAUCACUAAGUAUUUACUGGCACCACACUUUGACACUGUAGAUGUCAUUGAACCUGACGAAAAAUUUAUUAAAUCCAUAAUAGAUUUUGUUGGAGAGUAUAAAAUUAAAAUGGGUAAACUAUACCAAAUAAGUUUACAAAAGUUUGAACCAGAGAAAAAAUAUGAUGUAAUUUGGAACCAAUGGGUUUUAGGUUACCUAACUGAUAAAGAUUUGGUUUCAUACCUCCAAUGUUGCAGGAAUGCACUUGCACAAAACGGUGUUUUGAUUGUAAAAGAGAAUGUCACAUCAUCAGGUAAGACGGAAGGAGAUGAAACAGAUUCUUCAGUUACACGACCAUUAAAGGAGUACUUAAGAAUAUUUAAACUAGCCAAACUUAAAAGGAUAAAGCAGUGCAAACAAACAAACUUCCCGACAGGAAUAUACCCUGUUUACAUGUUUGCGCUCAUUCCUAAUGAUGACAAUAUUGAGACAAGUUAGUCUUAAAAUACAAACACAAAAUAAUUGAAAUAAGAAAGUACAUAUUUUACUAUAAUAAUAAAUAAAUAAGAUCAUAGAA